GGUAAACCCCAAUGCAUCUUGGGAAGAAGAAGGUGUCGUUUUGUUGGAAAAAGUCAUUGACCGCCAGUGGUCUUCUAUUUCGCAAAUAUUGCGUUUAAGCAUUCACAUAGAAUAGCUAGGACAAACAAACAGUGCUGAGGUUGUGAAUGGGAGAAAUGGGAGCGGACAAGAGGAUAAGUCGAUCUGAACGUAGCGGCAGGUAUGGCUCCGACCAGCCUCGUGAUGGUUCCGAUUGGCGGGACAGACGAGAGAGGGAUCAAGAGCGUGACCGCCGCUGGUCGGAUGAGAGGCGAGGCGAUCGCAAUGAGGGAGACCGCCGUGGAUCCAGAGAUAGUCCAGAGCCGAGAGAACGGAAAAGACGUAACAGCGAUAGAUCAGAAGAUGGGUACCACUCUGAUGGGGACUACCUCGAUCAGGAUUACAGAAGAGAAGGUGGCGAUGAGAAGAAAAGCAAGACCAUCAUGCUAUGGGGUCUUUCUACUUUCACCACGGAAGAAGAUAUCUGUUUCGCCAUCGAUCAGCUGGAGGGUCCGCAGCCUGCCGAUGUCAGACUGAUGAAAAAGAAGACAGGUAUAAGCCGUGGUUUCGCCUUCGUGGACUUUUAUCACUUGCAAGAUGCUACCCGAUGGAUGGAGACCAAUCAGAACCGACUCGUCAUCCAAGGGAAAAAUGUGGACAUGCACUACUGUCAUCCCAGACACAACUAUGGAGACUGGCUCUGCAAUACUUGUGGCCUGUACAAUUUCCGGAGGCGGCUGAAGUGCUUCAGGUGUGGAGCAACCAAAGUUGAAGAUACAAGCAGCAGUAAUGAUGUUCCUGAAACACAACUCAGCGGAGACUACUGUGGUGACACGAUCAUCCUGAGAAAUAUUGCUCCUCUUAGCACCGUGGAAGCCAUCAUGACUGCCCUGGCGCCAUAUGCCAUUCUUUCACCCAACAACAUUCGCCUCAUCAAGGUCAAACAGACCGGACAUAACCGAGGCUUUGCUUUCGUUCAGCUGUCUUCUCCUCUAGAGGCCACUCAGCUGCUCAGCAUCUUGCAAGGACUGCAGCCUCCACUAAAACUGGACGGGAAGACAAUUGGUGUGGACUAUGCUAAGAGUGCUAGGAAGGACCUUUUACUGCCUGAUGGUAAUCGUGUCAGCGCCUUUUCUGUUGCUAGCACAGCAAUUGCUGCUGCUCAGUGGUCCUCAAGUCAGCCACAACCGAGCGGAGAGGGAGCGUCAGAGUACAGCCUCUUGCAGGAAGGAUUCCCUCUAAUGUCACAGGCUUUCUAUCAAGCUGCAGGAGCCAGCACCUCGCAGGAAAAUGGACUUCUUGGAGCUGCUCCAGGUAUGAGCGUUGUUCCGACUGCAGCUGGCGUAGUUCUCUCACCGACUGUCCAAGUCUACCAACCUCAUAUAAUUGCCCAACCUGCCCUCCAGGCUUUGCCACUUUGCCAACAGUUGGAGGUAAAAUCCCAGGCUGGACUUCUACCUGGUGCCCAAGCUGUCCCUGUUACCACGACGACAGCUGCCAGUUCAGCUACAACCGUUGGACAAGCUACAGACGUCAUGAUUGGUGUCCCGGACACGUCCACUUAUCAUUAUGAUGAGUCCUCUGGUUACUAUUAUGACCCUCAGACUGGCCUGUACUACGACCCAAAUACACAAUAUUACUACAACUCUCAGACUCAGCAGUAUCUGUACUGGGACAGUGAAAAACAGACGUAUGUUCCUGCCUCAGCGGACAUAAAUGCUGCACAAAAUUCCGCAAGCGCAAAAGAAGCUCGAGAAGGAAAGGAGAAGAAAGAAAAGCCUAAGAGUAAAACUGCCCAGCAGAUUGCUAAAGAUAUGGAGCGCUGGGCUAAGAGUCUUAAUAAGCAAAAGGAUAACUUCAGGAGCAGCUUCCAACCAAUCAGCCAAGAGGAAAGGAGGGAGGCAGCAGCUGCUGAUGCUUGCUUCACACUUUUUGAGAAGAAGCAAGCUGGAGUUCUAGAGAGAAUCGUGCCAGAGAUGAUGAAUGUACCCGAAGAGGAAGUACCCACCAGUUCUGGCAACGCCUCCAAGUCUGGCUUAGUGGCAGCCUACAGCGGAGACAGCGACCCUGAGGAGGCAGCUGAGGGGGCAGACGGUGGCCUGGACAAAAUGACGGAUUGGAAAAAACUGGCCUGCUUGUUGUGCAGGAGGCAGUUCCCCAACAAAGAAGGUUUAAUCCGACAUCAGCAACUGUCCGACCUGCACAAGAAAAACCUGGAGGUCAUGCGUCGAGCCAGACUGAGUGAAUCGGAGCUGGAGGAGUUAGAGCGAAGGGAAUCAGAGUUGAAGUACAGAGACAGAGCAGCUGAGAGAAGAGAGAAAUAUGGCAUCCCUGAACCUCCUGUCGCCAAAAAAAAGAAAUACGCCCAACCAACACCAGCUGUGAACUAUGAACAGCCCACCAAAGAUGGCCUAAACAGUGACAAUAUUGGCAACAAAAUGCUGCAGGCUAUGGGCUGGAAGGAGGGUAAAGGCCUUGGUCGCAACCAGCAGGGAAUCACUGCUCCUAUUGAGGCCCAGCUGAGAACCAAAGGCGCUGGUCUGGGCACCAAAGGCAGCAACUACACGCUGUCUGCAUCGGACACGUACAAAGAUGCGGUCCGUAAAGCCAUGUUUGCUCGCUUCACUGAGCUCGAGUGAAUGAUGAGCUUUGGAGGCACAGAUUGGAUUUAAAUCCGUACAUUUUGAUGUUUCCUCAUUCUGUUCUUCUGUUCACUUUGACCCAAACCACAAUAGAAAUCUCAAAAUUGAGGCAUGUGAACUUCAGAUAGUAAAUAUAAAUUAUAUAUUGUACAUAUGCACAGUAUGAGUCAAACCUUUUUUGUUUUACUUUUGUUUUUUUUGCUUGUGAGAUGUUGCUUCAGUAUGUUAAAUAUUGUACAGUUUAUACAAAACUUCUUGUCUGUUUACAGAAAAUAAACUCAAGAAAACUGCU